GCUUAGCGUCGCCCGAGGCACGCGCAAGUUACACGACGCAGCGGGCGGAUGUGGCGUGCGGCGCAAUCGGUGCUCAAACACUUUAAAUCUUGUCUCGCUCUAGUUUUGACAAACUAAUUCUUCUCGAAUUAGUACCGAGCGGACUAAAGCCUCGACGCAGCCUCGACAUCAUUCGUUGAACCUUCGUGUCCGGAUAAACUCUUAUCGGUGAACGUUAAAGCUUCACAGGCUAGCAUAGUUUAGCUUAGCAUGCUAGGCGCUGACAAAGGGACGCGUUUUGUUAUCGUCGCAUCGCUAAGCUAAGAAAGUGUGUGUGUUGUGAUCAUCGUGUGGGAAAUGAGUGCAAAAAGUGUGGCAGAAGAAGACGAGGAGGAACUUUGGGGAACAAAAGAGGAGAACGAGCGACCACGUCAAUGGCUACGAACGGACGCCGUUAUCGAUCAGCCUGCGGUUGCGCCACACGGAGCAGACAUCCGUGAACACUCGUGUCAUCCUGAGCAGCAAGAGCCAGAGCCCUCCCGCAUAAAAGAGGAAGGGCAGGAGAGUGAAAUCACCACGUUUCCAUUGACUUUCAUUAAGAGUGAAGACGAUGAUGAAGAAGAAGGUGAUGGAGAUUCUGGGGCAUCACAAUCAGACAGCCUCUUAGCGCCACUGUCAGAUGGUGACGUCAUAGCGUCACGCUCUUCUGACACGAAUGAUGAUGAACACUCGAAAGAAGGCGUGAAAGAAGAAGACCGGGAGGGACUUUGGCGAACAAAAGAGGACCACGAACGACAACGUCGACACAUGGACGCUGCUCGAGUUGUGUUACACAGAGCAGACGUACGUGCAUAUCUUUGUCCUGAGCAGCAGGAUCCAGAGCCACCUCACAUUAAAGGCGAAGACAAUCCCGAGCCACCUCACAUUAAAGGCGAAGACGAUCCCGAGCCACCUCACAUGAAAGGCGAAGACGAUCCCGAGCCACCUCACAUGAAAGGCGAAGACGGACCCGAGCCACCUCACAUGAAAGGCGAAGGCGGACCCGAGCCUUCUCACAUGAAAGGUGAAGACGAACCCGAGCCACCGCACAUUAAAGGUGAAGACGGACCCGAGCCACCUCACAUUAAAGGCGAAGACGAACCCGAGCCGCCUCACAUUAAAGGUGAAGACGGACCCGAGCCACCUCACAUUAAAGACGAAGAGGAGACAGAGCCUCGCCACAUAAAAGAGGAAGAGCAGGAGGCUGAAAUCAGCAAGUUUCCAUCAACAAUUUGGAGUGAAGAUGACGAUGAUGAAGGUGACAAAGGCCACUGUGAAGGAUCGCAAGCAGACAGCCUCCGAGCUCCACUGUCAGAUAGCGACGACAUGACGUCACACUCUUCUGACGAUGAUGAUGAUGAUGAACACUCUAAAGGUGAUUUGCCAUGUCACACCGACAACAAACACGUGAAAUGUUCUCAGUGUGACAAAACGUUUGUCAACAAGUCAGUGUUAAAAACACAUGCAAUAACACACACGGGAGAGAAACCUUUUGCCUGCUCAGUUUGUGGUAAAAGAUUCUCUGUCAAGGGAGGUUUAAGUCGGCACACAGAAACACACAUUGGAGAAAAAACUUUUACCUGCUCAAUUUGUGAGAAAAGAUUCCUUCUGAAGGGACAUUUAAUAGCACACACAAGAACACAUACUGGGGAAAACACUUUUGUCUGCUCAGUGUGUGGUCUGAUAUUAACUGAAAAGAAUAGUUUAACAAAUCACAUGACAACACACACUGGGGAAAAACCUUUUGCAUGUCCAGUGUGCGGUCUUAGACUCACUGAAAGGAUUCAUUUAGCAACUCACUUGAGAAUACACACAGUCAAGAAAACGUUUGCCUGUUCAGUUUGCGAUAAGAAAUUCUCUGUCAAAGAUAGUUUAACGAGGCACACAAGAACACACACUGGGGAGAAACGUUAUGCUUGCUUAGUUUGCGGUAAAAGAUUCUCCUUAAAGAGCAGUUUGACAACGCACACAAGAAUACACACUGGAGAGAAACCUUUUGCCUGUACAGUCUGCAACCUUAGUUUCAGAGAUAAUUCGGCGUUGCUUCGACACUUGAGAACACACACUGGAGAGAAAGCGUUCAGUUGCAGUGCAUGUGACAAACAAUUCUCCUAUAAGUAUCAGAUGAACAAACAUGAGUGCGCUGGUGAGAAGAGCAGCAGUAAAUGAAGCUUUAAAAAAAUAAUAAUUUAAAAAAUUGCAAAGGCAUUUAAACUCUUCUUGGUAAACAGUUAUGUGACCCUAAAUAAAACAGUUGCAGUUCAUUUUGCUCAGUUAUGCUCCAGACCCACCCAAUCCCAACAUUUACAUUUAUUAAAACAUCCUUUUUAACCACAUUGUAAACUGUCUGCCUGUCUGUCUUAAUUAUUUGAGACUCCUGACAAGGAACCACUCAUCUACAUUCACGUUUGGUGUUCAAAAUGUCAUCACACUUUGAAAAUGUAGAAAUAAAUGCUGGAAAAAAAAUUA